AUGGAAAACUUGAAGAGCCAUGACAUUGGUGUCGUGUCCAACGAUGAAGACACGCCUUUAGCGCAACGAGGCUUCGCCUCUAGAAUCAUGUUUUCCCUAGUCGACAAUAACAUGUCUGCAUAUAGAUCCGUCCCACAGCAUGUUGAUUACACGAAAUGCCAAAAGUGGCUCAAAAACUGCCUUCAGGAGCAUGAAUCUUGCAAUACUGCGGAACCCGGUGAUCGAAACAGCCCGAUCAAGCUCAUCGACGUGGUGGCGCGGCGUGUGGUAAAGUUUUCCAGGAAAAAUGACAUUAAAUAUGCGACCUUAAGCUAUGUCUGUGGUCCUAGCUAUUCCGUCUUCAUUCUGCAAAGCAGUCCGGACUGGACAUACGAUGCGACUGGGAAUCGUCGUCACCCUCUGCCAGCCGGAAUUCCCGCAACAAUCGAAGAUGCGAUGACCGUUACUCAAAACCUGGAUCUAAACUAUCUCUGGGUUGAUUCGAUCUGUAUUGCACAAGAUGAUGAGGAUGAGAAACGAGCCCAAAUCGAUCUCAUGUUCAACAUUUAUAGCGACGCCACUCUUUGCAUCGUGUCUGCGGCGGGCAAAGACUCUCACACACCGCUACCCGGAGUCUCUGUUCCCCGAGCACUUCAACCAAUGCGAAAAGUGAAAAUCAAGGAUGGGAUGGACGUAGGCGUACCAUUUCCCGCUUUGGGCUCCGUUCUGUCGACGUGCCGCUACAUGGGCCGUGCCUGGACGUAUCAAGAACUUCUCCUAUCGAAGCGGAUUCUCUUCUUUACCACGGCAGAGGUUUUCUACUAUUGCGCCUUGUCGACCCACCACGAGUCCCGGCUCGAGCAACCAGGAGGGCAUCCAGAAGCCCAGACUUGGGCCAGCCUUGCUCCCGAGUCGAACUCCCACCUGAUCGGCAAUGCCGUGGCAAUGCGCAAGACCACGGAUCCAGCGGAUCUUUGUCGCCUGUUCGCAGCGGCCGCCCAGGAGUAUAGUUCGAGAAGGCUGACGUACCAGGAAGAUACCAUCAGGGCGUUCCGGGGCGUGCUGUCAAUGUUUUGCCAGCUACUGAACGGUCCAGCGACAAGUGCAUGCCCGGACUGCAUGGUCUUGAACAGCCUCACUUGGAGGGACCCACGCACAAACACUUCCUCUUCCCAUUUAGCAAAGCGUCGAAUGUGCUCUGAUUCACCCCAGACCGCAGUAUUGCCGUCAUGGGUCUGGUGUAGCUUCGACGGGCCGGUGAAGAUGACUUCCAUUCCAUACUGUUACUCUCAAUCUGUGUGCAAUAUCUUCGCCUUUGCAAAUAAGACCAAUGAAUUGGCGAUGCUCUUUCCGAAGAUCGCUGCCGGAGAAUGCUGCACCUGUAGCCAUCCAGAGCACAAGAUCAAAGUUCGUAACCCCAUGCCAUUGCCUGUCAAGACGAAAGCCAUCACCUUCCCCAUCCUUGCCGAAGGGGACGACGAACUCAUCCCCGGCCAAGCAGACCUCUCGACCUCUGAGGGGGUGACUCUCGGUCCCUGCGACUUCCGCGGACAAUGCUCGCUGGACCAGCUACACGGAUCGACUGUCACUCUCAUGCAAUUAUUCUCUGAGGUCGAAACCAAACCAGCUCCACACGUGACCGCGCUCGUCCUCAGGACUUGUAGGCUGCAGGAGAGCGUCGACACCGUCUUGGGUUCGCCCGAGCUUCAAGGCAACAUCACCAGCCUCCUGUCGCCUGUCCGCAAGAUUCCUCAGAUUGCAACAGAGCCUCCGAUACCAGACGUCGCGGCCCACAAGACGUUUGGACGGAGCCUAGUCAGCUUCGGCUGCCCUGAGUCUCUUCAAAUCCAAGCUGGGACGGUGCCGGCACUUGAGAACGUCCUGGUCGGAACCAGGAUUGGAAUGGCAUAUGUUGGCUGCAAGCAGUGGAUUCGGUUACAGCCGAAGGACUCUGUGGUGUUUUUAAUCUGA